GGAUGUCGGAGCAAGCUCCAGCAGAGAGUCUGGGAUCGAUGCUGGUGAUGCAGCCAGCAGCUGUAGCUACAGCAGCAGCCGGGCUGGUGAUGUAGCUAGAAGCUGUAGCUACAGCAGCAGCCGAGAGUCGGGACUGGAGCUGAGCGUGACCCAGGACGUACUGGUCGGCCGACCAUCGCUCAAUGUAAAGGAUCGCGCUAGCAAGUGCCACUACUCCCCACCACACAACCCAGGCAUAUUUGAAAGCAUUCAAAGCAAAGCCAAAGAGUCGUGCACAUGUUCGGGGAGCUGUUGGAUGUCGGCGGUGACCUCUAAGGUGCCUAUCCUCUCCUGGCUGCCCUCCUACGGCCUCCGAGCCUCGCUCAUGGGGGACGUCGUCGCUGGUAUUACCGUCGCCAUUAUGCACAUACCACAAGGAAUGGCGUCAGCUGUCCUGGGGGGUCUGCCGCCCAUCACCGGGAUAUACAUGGCAUUCUUCCCUGUCCUCGUCUACGCCUGCCUUGGCACCUCCAGACACUGUUCCGUAGGUACCUUUGCUGUCGUGAUGCAAAUGACGGGCAAACUUGUAGAAGACUUCUCUACAGAAGAGAGCAGUGAUCAAGACUCUUCCACUGAAAAUGGUACAGAGACUCCCACUACCCUACCACCUGAUGCCAGUGUAAACGAGAGCGUGUCCACCACUUACUCACCCAACCAAGUGGCAGCCGUUCUGGCACUGACCACUGGCAUAGUGGAGGUGUUGCUGGGUUUGCUGCAGCUGGGGACCUUGUGUGUGUUCCUCUCAGACAUGCUGGUGUCAGGCUUCACAACCGGCGCAUCCUUCCAUGUCCUCACUUCCCAAAUCAAAAACCUGUUUGGUAUAAAAGUACGGAGAUACAGCGGCCCAUUUAAACUCAUCUACACAUACCGAGACAUCUUUAGCAACUUGACUUCUUCGAAUCCCUCUACCAUGCUGAUAUCCUCCAUCACGAUAUCUCUCCUGGUCCUCAACAAUGAGGUGUUGAAGCCUUGGGUAAGUAAAAGGUCGAAGAUCCCCAUUCCCAUCGAGCUGAUUGUUGUCGUUAUAGGCACGCUGACCUCCUACCUGAUGGACUUCCAUCGCAUCUACAACGUCAGAAUUGUCGGCAAAAUUCCAACUGGAUUGCCAGAGGCGCGCGUGCCACCAGUGGCGCUGAUGUCUCAAGUGGCCGUCGACGCCGGGGUCAUCAGCGUCGUCUCUUACAUCGUCUCCUUCUCUAUGGCAAAAAUCUUGGCCAAACGAAAGAACUACAACGUUGACGCGACGCAAGAACUUUACGCUCUGGGCAUGAGCAAUAUUUUUGGGUCAUUCUUUGGCUGUGGUCCCGUCGCUUCGUCGUUUGCUCGCACACUCAUCCAGGAGAGUGCUGGCGGGGUGACCCAAAUGGCUUCCUUUGUGAGCUGCUCCGUCCUGGUCUUUGUCCUCCUCUUCGUCGGUCCCUUGUUUGAAACGCUUCCAUAUUGUGUUCUCUCGCCAAUCAUCGUAGUUGCCUUAAAAGGGAUGUUUCUGCAAGUGAUCGAUGCGAAGACUAUGUGGGAAGUGUCUCGCACUGAUGCAAUGAUAUGGAUUGCAACAUUCUUCGGUGUCAUACUCAUUGACAUUGACUACGGUCUGAUACUAGGCGUCGUGGUGUCUGUGGGGGUCCUCCUCGCCCGCUCCCAGAAGCCCACAACAGCUCGGCUUGGUCGUGUGCCCAACACCGAUCUCUAUUUGGACGUCAAGAAAUAUUCUGCAACUGUGGAGAUCCCGGCAGUGGUCAUGUUCCAGUUCAGAGGGCCGCUACAUUUUGCCAACUCUGAGUACUUCCGUAACCAGUUGGUGGAGGUGACGGGGCUGGACCCCUUCACCAUCGCCACCUCCAGGUGCGCCAUCCUCAAGGAGAGGAUGCUGGAGGAAAAUGUUAACAUCCAGCUGACCCAUAAGGAUCCCAUUGGGAUGGCGUCGACGCGGAGUCUGAUGGUGGAGCAAACGCUGCGCCUCACCAACACUCAGAUCAUGAGCAAGACCAAGCAGGUCUCCCUCACCUUACCGGAAGUAGACUGGCUGGUGGUGGAGAUGAGCGGAGUGGGCUACAUAGACUCCAGCGCCGGACGUCUUCUCUCACAACUGUCCAAGGAGUACAAGAAAGCAGGCAUCACGCUGUGUCUGGCUGCUCCCUCGGAGAACGUGCUUGAAACCUUGGAGGUGUGUGGCACUCUCAAAGUCAUUCCCCAGGAACACAUUUUUCACUCUGCUCAUGAUGCAGUCAUGUCCCUCUCCCACCCUAGUACACCUGUUGCUGUAGAGUCCUCCACCCAGCUAUAGUACACCUGUUGC